AUGAAACGUUUGGCUUGUGGCGAUGUACAUGAAGGAAUGAAGAAGUGUGUAAACUGCUUGGAAGCCGUCUACUGCAGCGUCGAAUGUCAACGAAGCCACUGGCCCCAACACAGACCUUCGUGUCAGACUACUGUCGAAAGAGUUUUGAAACUGGUUGAAAAAUUGAAAAUGUUUAGUGAGUCGAAAGAGAAAACUCCUGGUCUCGCGGCCACGUAUUACUGGGGCAAUCAGCCGGCCGUGGACACGAUCAACUUGUCAGUGAAUGAAGGAGAGGAAUAUUCCAACCCGCUCGCUUUGUUAUUGUGUGGAGUCGGCGAUCUCAGAAAUGUUCUGCUGACCAUUGCAUCUUUGCCUGAUGUUUACCAAAAGCAAGUUAUGUUUGUGAUGAACGACAUAUGUCCCUGUACUUUGGCUAGAACAGUACUGCUUCUUUACAUGCUCUAUAAAGGUAUGACUCUCUCUAUCGAUUUGCAUUGACUAAUAGCCCUUUCCAAGUUGUCAGGAUGCAAACUCUUCGUCAUGCAUUUUUAAAACCAAUCUCGUGAAAUGCAAAUGAAAUCGUUAAAUCAUUUUUCGUUUUGUGAACCCUUGAGGUCAAAGUUAUUUGGAUUGAUUGCAAUAUUAAAAGAUCUUUUACUACUUUUUUCUAUUCAAAUCUGUGUUAUGUUUUAUUUUUUGCUCUUGCUGUCGCCUUUAUUACGCUUGCUAUGUAUUCUGUUGCGGUUGUAAUAAAUGCCGAACGAACUAUCAAGUAAUUGGUAAGUAAGUUUUGAAUGCUAUGUCGAAUGUAAUUACGUAUUUUAUUGGUGUUUCUUUUCUGGACUUUGUGAUCGGUCUACAGAAUUUUCGCUCAACCUUCUUACUCAAUCAAGGGGCAAACUGAGAUUUCUCCAUUUUGUCCACGUUAAAUUGAACUCUUUUGUCCACUUUCGAUUUGAUUGCGUUGCAUCCACUCAAGGCAAUCGUGACAGACGAUAGAUGAGGGAAGACCACUGUUUGACUUAAAAAGCCUCAGGUUAAAAACUCUUGUUCUCUGAUCGCAGGAGGAAAUGAUAUGGCUUCAGCAGUGAUUCAUAUCCGGUACUCGCUGCGUAUCAGCGAACAGGAUUCACUUCGCUGUUGUUAG